ACGCGCCUUCAUGCUCUGAACUCUACCAAACUCUUGCUCUGGCUCAUUCCCUCCUACUUCUUCAGCAUCACAUAAAAACCAUGGACAGAAAGCGAGUUCCAGGCCCCGAACUGAGCGUGGCUCCCUUGGUGGAGUACCCUCUCGACCAUAAGCGAUGGACACCACAGGACGAAACACGCCAUGACCCUAAGCGACAGCUCGAAGAUAUGCGGCCAAUCUAUCUGAAGACAGGAUUGAUCAGCCAAGCAAACGGAUCUGCAUAUAUCGAGCUCGAAAAGACGAAGCUCGCCUGUGGAGUGUAUGGACCAAGACCAGCAAAGAGAACAGGAGUCUUCAGCGGAAAGGGCACCCUAAACUGCGAGAUCAAGUUUGCGACCUUCUCUUGUGCCAAGCGCCGAAGCAACAUCAGGGACCCACAAGAAAGAGAGCUCUCUCAAAUCCUAACUCAGGCUUUAACACCCGCCGUGCGUCUGGAUCUCCUCCCCAAAUCCGCUAUCGACGUCUUCAUCACAGUCCUCGAAUCCGACGGUUGGGGAUCCUGUCUCGCCGCAGCCAUCACAGCGGCCUCCGCAGCCCUGGCCCAUGCGGGAAUCGAGAUGUUGGACCUCGUCGCAGGAUGCUCGGCCUCGUAUAUUCAAACGGGAUCAAUAUCAUCAUCGGGAUCGACCUCAAUAGGAGCACCGCAGAUCUUUAUGGAUGCUGAUCUGGAAGAAGAAAAGUAUGAGCAGGGCGCGAUCGUCUUGGCUUACAUGCCCUCCUUGAACGAGGUCACCCAUGUCCUCCAGAGCGGGAAGGCUGAAGGAUCGAUCAUUUCACAGUCUGUUGAACAUUGCGUAGAAUCAUGCAACAAGAUCUACGCGGUUAUGCACCACGCUCUGCUGGAAUCCAUCAACGAGAACAACGCCUCCCACCAAUAACACAGCAUAGCGCAAUAACCUGCGGACGCCAGGAGCAUCUUAGAAUGGUUCAUGCAAGAGGCGGCAGCAGGAAUGGAAAAGACCAUCAAAUAAAACAAUCAUUAUUAACGAAUAUCAUUGAAAUCGUCUUUUUUGUAUGCCAGGGUGCUUUUUUUUUUUUUUUUUUUUUUUUUUUUUUUUUU